AUGUCGCCCGCGACGAGGAUUGACCAUCUCCCCGUCGAGCUCCUGCGCGUCAUCCUCUCCACCUUGCGUGAUUCGGGCGCCUACCAGUCCUCCCUAAAGCAAGGCAGUUUGGUGAACAGUAGAUGGAGAGCUGUGGCUCAACCGCUGUUGAUGCAAGACAUCCACAUCGAUAGCGGCGUCGCCGCUCGACGGCUCAUCAAGUCCGGCAUGCUCGAACGUCACCAGCAUGGCACAGUGCGCUCGUUCCGACUCGGAUCCAUCACUGGCGUCAAGACGUGGGUGAAUCACAUACGCAUCAUCCUGAUCGAGAUGACGCACAGUAAGUCACCACAACUUGAAUGCGGGCCAUUAUAGUCAAGAGCUUCCCCUCGACAUCACCGACUCCCUGACAAAAUUUCGGUCGAGUCGCUCCCACAGGCUUGCACCAUCUUGAGCUGGUUGGAAUUCAUGGCAUCGACCCAGGCUGGUUCAAAAGUGCCUCCUUUCAAAGUAGGUAAUCCUUCGUGAUUCAUCGGCGAUGCUCCGAGGGUUUUAUUCCAAGCAAGCCCGCGCUGACAGGCACUGCUGAGCCCUUUCUCCGUCGACUUAAUCCAGGUCUUCGCUCGCUCCGAUUGAGCUCGUGUACAUUCGAUGGCGAGCUCGAGUCCGGCACGGGUCGUCUUCCUCCCGCUGCCGACCUGCCCAACCUCGAAUCGUUGACGGUGGAACAAGAGAACGACUGGGCUUACGUCCUCCCUCCCUGUAAGGCGCCGAGGCUCGAGUCUCUCGCCCUGAUCCACACCCGACCGAACGCGUCCUUCAAGUUUGAAGACGAAGAGCUCGACCGCGAAUCGGACGUCGCAUUGAUUCAAACCAUGCCCGAGCUGAUCGUCAUCAAGCUUGUCUUGGACUAUCGUUGGCACCUUACCAAAUUGUCGAUCGAGAUCGAUCUUGCCGUCUGCAUCAUCGAACCGAUCAUCGCAACCAUAACGCGCCAUUGCGAGCACUUGAAGGAUCUUCACCUUCACCUCCAUGAUUCCUUAUUCGUACCCCACUCCAGGGUGCGCUUCCACAAGGAGCUCUUACAACGAAUCGUCGCCACCAUUCAGCAGUCGAAGCUGCAACUCGAGACCUUGUGUCUGACGGGAUGGGACGAAGGAAGUCUUCCAUCAAUCUCGAUCAAUACCUAG